ACUCUGAGCUAGUGAACUUAAAGGUAGUAUUUUUUAUUGGAGAGAGUGAGAUAGAGAGAGAUUCUUACUCUCCGGAGAUUUUGAGCCGAGUGAUCGACUGCCAGAGGACUCAGAUGUGAUGUUUUUUCUUGGUCUAAGAUCUGAAUCUAUUGAAUUCUUCGGCUCUCCGUGAUGGAAGGUGGAUCCCCGGAUCAUGAAUCAGUAGGGUCUGGGACAAAAAAAUCCAGUGUUUCGUCAAGUGGUAAGUCUCAGAAUUGGAAGGAGUUCCUUCAUAGAUUUGUGGACAGUGAAAUUCUGACCGCAAACCUUGAGAACUGGUUUGAAGAAAUUACAGAACAGUCAUCAAAUAAAACAACUGCUUUCGAUGUUCCUUUUGAGUUGAUAGAUCUUCAAAAGUUUGAUUAUGCAUUGGAAGGGGUAUCCUUUCAGCAGCUGAUUCGAAUGCCCAGUGCUGUUUAUGCUUCGACAUCAGGUGCUGUGGAAGCAACUGCUUAUCUUGCUAUUGAGGAUUUUUUACACACGAGUGUAAAGAGCUUGUGGGAGGCCUUUUGGAGUCAGGAUGGGCCUAUGCCUUUCUACGUUGCCUGUCUUUAUGAUGCAAACUUGAAAUUCUACCAAGCUGAGAAGGCAAUUGCUAAUGGGAAACUUGGAGGUCUUUGUGCCACAGCUAUAAUGCUAAAAAACCCGAGACACCCACAUGGGAAGUGGGAGGAUAUUCUUGAAGUAGCACUUUUGAGGCCUGAUAUUGGAAGCCUUGCAGUGGAGAGGGACCAGAAGUCCUUUUCGUCGGUUAUAGGUGAAGCUCUAUUUUUCGCUGUUCGUAUUUUAUUAUCAAGAAGACUCAGUAGAUCAAAUGUUUCUCCUAGUUCAAAUUCUGUUUUUGUUCUUCUUGUUGAUUCUCAAUAUGGUGGGGUUGUAAAAGUUGAAGGAGAUGUGAAUAAAUUGGAGUGUGAUGUGAAUAAUGUUUACGGAUGCGCUGCUGAGUGGAUAAAAAGUUAUUCACGAAUUUCAGUUUCCCCCAUUGAUAGGGUCUGGAACAAGCUUGGAAAUGCCAACUGGGGUGAUAUUGGUGCUCUACAAGUGCUUUUCGCAACUUUCCAUUGUCUCGCACAAUAUGCCGGAAUGCCCAAGAACUCGGUUGAAGAUUUAGCUGCCGACCACAGUUGUCGUCUCCAAACAAGAAGAUCCGAAAGACAGUUGGGUGAUACCCGGGUGAACGGAAACGGGUUGUUCCAGUUUCAGCAGCGCAGUGUUUCUCCUGAAAUUGUUGAAGUACAGGAGGAAUCCGUCCAAAUAAUGGACUCUGCAAAGUCGAUGAAGAUGGAAAUAGGGUCAGUUCUAUGGUUGGAGGAUUCAGAUUAUCAAAAAGGUUAUCAGAUUAAUGAAGUUCUGGAUGAUGGUGAAAUUCCGUACUAUAUUGCAUCUCCUGUCGAAGAUCCGGGAAAUGAUCUGUUUCUGUAUAUUGGUUCACAUCCUUCUCAGAUGGAACCGGCAUGGGAAGAUAUGAAGUUGUGGUAUCAAGUUCAGAGGCAGACUAAAAUAUUGACUGUUAUGAAACAAAAGGGUCUGUCUGAUAAGUAUCUGCCACAAUUGAGCGCUUCUGGUAGGAUAGUUCACCAGGGUAAGUGUCGGAGACCGAGCUCGGGUGGCAACUGUGUCAAUCCUUUGUGUGGGACCCCAAUUCUUGUGACAAGUCCAGUUGGGAAAACCAUUGCUGACAUGGUAAGAGCCGGCCAAUUUGGUCGAGAUGAGGCUAUUCGGUGUUGCCAUGAUUGCUUGUCUGCACUUUCAACUGCAGCUUCUGCUGGAAUUCGACACGGAGACAUCAGACCCGAGAAUAUAAUUUGUGUGAGAUCCGGCUUGAGGCAGCCUUAUUACGUCCUUAUUGGAUGGGGGCACGCAAUUUUAGAAGAGAGAGAUCGCCCAGCUAUGAAUCUUCAUUUCUCAUCGACUUACGUCCUUCAGGAGGGGAAGUUGUGCUCGGCUUCUGAUGCAGAGAGCCUGGUCUAUCUGCUUUACUUUUGUACUGGUGGGGAUUUGCCAGACUUGGAUUCAGUCGAGGGGGCACUACAAUGGAGGGAAAACUCUUGGUCGAAAAGAUUGAUUCAACAGAAGCUAGGGGACAUAUCCGCUGUCCUGAAGGCAUUCGCAGAUUACGUUGAUAGUCUAUGUGGGACUCCGUAUCCUAUGGAUUACGGUAUUUGGCUAAGAAGGUUGAAGAGACAUAUUAACGAGGACGAUCAUGGGAAGGAGAUCAAUACUUCAAGUUAAGUUAUGGUGGCAGAAUUGAACAACUCCUCUGGACUUCGAACAUUUUCACUUCCGGCAAUCAAGAUGUUUUUUUUUAUUUUUUGGGAUUUUCAGGAAUUACCCGGUAGUUGAAGCCGCUUUGUCUAAUUUAUCUGAUGAUCUGCAAUUGGUAAGUUUAAGUCUUUUGGUGAAGAGAGCGGUCCAUAGCGCCUUCUCCAUUUCUUGAGAAUGAUUUGGUUCUGCACAGAUGAUCCCCGGGUGGGAUUUGGAGUAUCUUCUGGCACUUUUUUUCGUGUAUUUUGCAAAGUAAGCCGGAGAAUCUAAAUUAUCGUUGCAUUGUCUAAAUUAUCAUUGCUUUUUUGGUCUUUCUGAUAUAUUGUGAUGAGUUAUGGAAAUUAUGAGCUGUCAAUUAUUUCUUGUAAAGGUAGGAGAGGAUGAGAUUGUUUUGAAUUUGUGAUUGUUUUUGUUUGAUGUGUUAUUAAUGGACUUGUUGGUUAGGUCAUUGUCUUUCUGUAAGUGGGUUCUCAUUUUUCAUUUUUCAUUUUUCUUUUAAAUUUUUAUGCAGUUGACUCAGUUACUUUUAGUUU